GUUAGAGCUCUUAUUCUGAGCGUCUGACAGAAAGAGGACGUAGCUGCCAGACAUCUUUCUCGUCCUGCUGGCACUCUCUGUUAGUAGGUUGCAGGUGACAAAUGUCAGCUCAUGGAAAGCAAAGGCAUGUUUCAUCCAAGACAGAUGGAAAAUUGAAAAUAAAUCAGUGUCUCUCCUUGGCCUCUGUCCCCUAUUUCAGGAUGCCUUGCUGCCUUACCUUUCUGUGGCUUUUCCUUGGAGCUGCUGCCAAUGCCCAGUUAAGUGAUAGCUGGAUGAACAAACCUACCUUCAGGCCUGUUUUUACUCGCCGACCUUUUAUUAUUGCUUGGAAUGCUCCCACCCAAGAUUGCCCACCAAGGUUUGAUGUACACUUGGACCUAAAACUCUUUGACCUUAAUGCUUCACCUAAUGAGGGCUUUGUUGACCAAAAUCUCACAAUCUUCUACAAGGAACGCCUAGGCAUGUACCCGUAUUACGAUGAGCACGGGGGACCAGUGGCUGGAGGGUUACCUCAGAAUGCCAGUCUACGUGCACACUUAGACAAGCUACCAGAGGGUAUCCAAAAAUAUAUACGUUCUCGGGACAGGGAUGGGCUGGCAGUAAUUGACUGGGAGGAGUGGCGUCCUAUAUGGAUGCGAAACUGGCAAACCAAGAAUGUGUACCGUAAUAAUUCACGCAACUUAGUGGCCUCUCGGCACCCAUCUUGGUCGCGUGAACAGGUGGAAAAAGAGUCACUUUAUGAUUUUGAGAAUGCUGCUCGUGAGUUCAUGAUGGAAACCCUGCGUCAUGCAAAGAACUACCGCCCACGUCAGUUGUGGGGCUUUUAUCUCUUUCCAGACUGCUAUAACCACGAUUACAUAAAAAACCGUGACAGCUACACGGGGCAAUGCCCAGACGUAGAAAUAUCCCGAAAUGAUCAGUUAUCUUGGCUCUGGGAAGAGAGCACGGCACUUUAUCCCUCUAUUUACUUGGACCAGGUACUGGCGUCGUCUGAGAACGGGCGCAAGUUUGUGCGUUCCCGUGUGAGAGAAGCCAUGAGGAUCUCCUAUAGGCAUCACAAAGACUACUCCCUCCCUGUCUUUGUAUAUACCAGACCAACAUACAUACGCAAGCUUGAUUUCUUGAGCCAGAUGGAUCUAAUUUCCACAAUUGGGGAGAGUGCAGCACAAGGAGCAGCAGGAGUGAUAUUCUGGGGGGAUGCAGAAUACACAAAGAGUAAGGAAACCUGCCAAAUGAUUAAGAGGUAUCUGGAAGAGGAUUUGGGCCGCUACAUUGUGAAUGUGACCACUGCGGCGGAGCUUUGCAGCCAGUCCCUCUGUAAUGGAAACGGCCGCUGCCUACGGCAAGACAAUAUCACCGACGCCUUCCUUCAUCUUAACUCGGCCAACUUCCAAAUCGUGAGUGCCCCUAAAGAUUCCCAGGGACCUUCUUUGCGUGCAGAAGGCAAGUUGUCUGCAGAGGACAUUGCUGUUCUGCGUUCGCAGUUCCGUUGUCAGUGUUAUGUGGACUGGUAUGGAGACUCGUGCGGAUUUCAGCGGAGAACGAAUGGCGGUGCAGUGGCAACCGGCCCUUGUGGCAUUGUGCUCGUGGUAUCUUUAGUCGCACUCAUCCUCGCACUGCUCUGAAAGGAGUGACCAGCUUUUUUUAAAAAAAAAUUAUUGGAACAUUUGUAAACACUAAAAGGGACACCGUCAAUUGUGGCCCGUCAUGGGAGAGCCAACCAGUCUCAGAGAAGAUUGUGGUUGCUGCACAAAAUGGGCCUUCUGACCUCUAUUUAUAAAAUUUCUUACUUUCCGUCUUGUUUGAGAUGGCUUAGAACAUUCCUACCUCUAGGACUUGAAGCUGACCCCAUCACCUCUUAGGCCAUACAGCAGAGGAAGCAAGGGUUUAAUGGCUGAUGGGUCUAGCAAGCUACAAAAAACAGGGGUUGAUAUCAGAGCCUUCAGCAGCUAGGAAUAUGCAAUAUCCUUUAUCUUUUACUGUCCUGUGAAGGCCAGGCAGUGCCAUUACCUCCUUGCUGCCAAAAAUGUGAUUGGCUGUGCAGUUCCUCAUACGCUAUAGACCACUGAACAACAGACAAGCAAACAAGGAGUUAUGGGUAAUAACUUAAUCCACUGUUGCUGAAAUACAAACAGCCUUAUGGGUGGUGUUGGGAGUUGUAGUCCAACAACUGUUAGAGAUGCCUGCAGUAAGGCAAUCAGGGAUCACAAUACCUGCCAAUUACCAAUGUGCCUUCCUCUACAAUCACCCAAUAGCUGCAGUACUGAAUAGAUAGCAUAGUGCCUUCAGAUAGAUUUAUUAUGCCUAUUCCCGGCAAAAACCUCACUGCCUCUUUAUAUCAGCGUGUUUUUGGGCUGUAGAGCCAUUUCAUUAAAUCCUGUAUGAAUCAUUUGGGCUUUUCUGCCCACCACCGACGUCUAGAGCAAAAGCAGACAUCUUUGUUUCCCAUCCACUCCCUAAUGCCUCUCUCCUCCCUGGCCAGCUCUCAGCCAAGUAUGACUACAGAGGAGAAGGGGUACAAUAAAGUAAUGAAAAGACCAAAA